AUGAUGCAAGUGCUGGCGAUUGGAGUGUUCGUGGUCGCCCUCUCCGGUCGUGCUCUCCAGGUGGGAUACACUCAGGGUUAUCAUGGACAGCGGCAGAGGAUCGCAAAAGCGAUGGCAGAGGAAAACUCUGCAGCUGGGGACAUGUCUUCUUCGAGCCUCCUGGUGACUUACCUGCUGACUGAAGUUGUGUGGGGGCUGAUGAGCCCACAGCAGGCACAGCACAUCAGCAAUUUGGUCAUGCUGGAUAUGAGAGCUGGCCCAGCAGCUGUUAACGAAAUUUCGACAAUGGCUGCUUGCGGCUGCAAUGGGAAAUAUCCGAACAAGUGCUAUGCCGACAUAAUGAAGAACUGUGUGCCUGCCGAGGUGAAAGUGCCCUCACCUUUCCUGUUUCCCUUACCGAUGAAAGAUCCUGUUGGGGAGAUCGUGCAGGCCUGCCUUCUGCCGCAUGAAUUAUUCGCCUCAGUUUGGAGCUCCUACAAGGCGACAUGGCAUCAUUCGAUUUUGGGAUCUGAAGGGCGACUUCAAGAAUUCUGGAAUACAAUGGAGCAGGGCCGUCAUCCAGCUGUGACCCCGGAGCUUUUGAACAGCAAGCCCGGAAAGACCGAGGAGACACUGUUUUUUAUAUUCGCCUUGUUCGACAAAUUGCGAGUCUUGGGUUCGGAUGCCAAUGCAAGUGGCCCACUCAUGACUUCCAAGGCAACCGGCUUCCUGGCUAUUUACGAAUGCGGCUACUCUGCAAUGCUCUUCAGUUUCGUCGGUGACCUUGAUUAUUAUUUUACUGUAUUGGGUCUUCCCAACAGCCGGGCCGUGAACGGCCCCUGCACACUUUGUGCAGCCCAGAAAUUUGGACCCCGCUCUUGGAUGGAUUUCUCCCCUGGUGCCGAAUGGAGGCAAUCCUGCUUCACAGCCGAAGGAUGGUUCGAAUCUUCGCAGCGGACAUCAUGUCCGCUGUUUUCCUUACCACAUGUCAGUGGACUCAAUCUUGCAUAUGACUGGAUGCACUGUAAGUAUUUGGGGGUAGACCAGUACAUGUAUGCCGCCCUGAUGGUCCUUUUGACACAUUAUGUUAUGCUCGGGGCCACACCUCUUGAGAACCUACGAGCUUUGUGGCGAGACUUGAAGACGGAGUACGAACGGCAGCAAACACCGAUUCGUUUUAGAUACUUGACAUCCCUGCGGAUGUUCGUACGAUUGCGAGGAUCUCCAAAAUUACGAGGCAAGGCUGCCGAAAUAAAAUACUUGGCAGGUCCAUUUGCAGCAGUAUGGGACAUGCACAAGACUGCAGGGGUGGUCCUGCACGACCAGAUAAGCAUCAUGCUGCGACUGAAUGCCCGUAUCGAGGAGAUUCUGCUUGCUCACCGUGGCGACAUUUCUUUUGGUAGUGAUGCUGGUGUUUUCAAAGAGGCCCUGGACGGGAUGCUGCUGCUGCAGUAUAACAUCUCCCAAGAGCUUGCUGCUUCCGACCCCGCCAUCAUCAUGAGCAUAACUGAGAAGGCACAUUUUCUACAACACAGCUCCAUGCUUUCUCAUUGUUUGUCGCCGAGGUUGGUUUGGGCCUUUGCUGGCGAGGACCAGCAGAGAAGAGUUCAGGCUCUGGGCAAGGCCAGUGUGAGGAGACUUGGACCCACUGGUGCAUGCUUCAAGAUCGCGGGUACAGUUGUGGUCUACAUCUACUUCAAGAAGGAGACGGCGAAAGGCGUAGAAGAGGUUCACAGCUUCCCGUGUAAACAGGGCCCGUCUAGGCCAUCGGACAUCAGCAAAAUCUGCAUUGGCUCAGUCACAGUGCUGCCAGAGCACUUGGCACGAUAUCCGGUUGUCGAAACCCCGGUGGAUCAGAUUGGGUUGUUUGCCCUGGAGCCCGGCCAUUCGCGGAGCAUCUUGCGCUUCUCUGUGUUUGAUCGGCUACGCCAUCAUCAACAGCGCACCGCGGCCAACGAUUGGUCGCUGCAAGAUCUGGCUACCGAGGCUGUGCGCACCGCAGGCGAAAGGAUCAGGUCUGUACGCGUCCUGACCAGCUUCUUGCCUGACUUAGCCGUGCCUCAGCUUGUGCUCACGCCAGCUGCCGCUGCGUUUGGCCAUCUUUGUGUCCCAAUUGACAUGAGGCCCCAUGGUGGCCGGCCCUGUACCCUUUUGAUGCGACCUGGGCUCACGGCGCAAGAGGUUAUUGAGCUAGCUUGUCAUGAGUGUCCGGCUGGCCCCGCUUUCGCACUCGCGUGCGCGCCCAGGGACUGCCUUAUCCUUGAUGCUCAGGGCCAAAUCUGGGACGUGCUGCCGGCCGAUCUCUCCCAGCUCCAGUGGCUCCGUAUACAGCCCACUGGCGGACCGGAUGCAGCGCAGGCCGAAUCCACGACCAGCACCACCACCACGUCUGAUGUGCAGGAGCCCCCUACUCUGUCUGAGCUCGAACAGAUUCUGCUGCGUGCUGACUCUGCCUCCAGAUCAGCUCUACCGAGCGAGCUCCACGGCGUCGAGCUGUUGCCAAGAGGUGUGCUGCAUGAGGCAGCGUACCACGUGCCGCUGGCACGCCUGCGUAUGCUGCCGGACCUGCGCCCGGCACUCAAUGCGGGGAGUGUCUCCAGGUCGGUGACGUUCACGGUCUUUGUCGCUACGCAUGCUCCGUUGUCAGUGCAGGGCAGCGUCGACUGGACGAUGAUUGACUUCAUGCGGGUGAGCGCGCAAUUUGCCGAGACGACCUUGCACCGACUGCAAAUGCUGACAGUGGCCAUGCCAGGACUGCCAACGCCCCAGGUCGCGCUCACUGAGGGAAGUGAAAUUGGGGACUCAACUGUUAUUCCGAUUGACCUGCGCGGACUGGGAUACGGUGUGCUUCCUCUUUUGCUCCCGCCCGAUUUUGACCGAACCUCAGUGCUCGAGGCCAUUGCCUUGGCUGCUCCGCAGCUGCGAGCUGCCAUUGAAGAUCCCCUCAGCAGUCACCGACUACAGCUGUGUGAUGCCCAAGGACAGGUUUGGGGCCACCUUCCUACAAGCUUGACCUCGAUCCAGUGGCUCACCUUGUCACAUGCCCCUGUCCCUGCGGGGCAUUUGGAUCCUCUUUCGCUGGCAGAUGCUGCAGGGGAGGUUGCUGGCGAUGAGGCCGGCCUUUUGCAGCUGCCGGCCGACAACGUUGUGCAAGUCCCUCAUCCGACUGGUGAUGCUGAUGUUGGGCUGCCUCCCUCGCUCCUCGGCAAACUUGCAGCACACAGCACAGGCCUGCCUUGCUCAAGCCACGUUCGGAUCGUGCCUGACUAUCUGAACAAACCAGCUGCGCUCCAGAGAGAGCUUGUGCAACUUUCGUGGGGAGGCCGGGAAGGGGAGGAGACGACCCACUUCACAGUCUUCGAUACAUUGCAUCAAGUCCGUGUUCUCCCACGUGACCCCAAGGACUCGCUGCAAAUGUGCGUGGGCAAGGCACUUCAGGCGACGCCCGUUGCCAUCAGUCGCAUCAGAGUUCUCACCGCGCCUGUCCCUGGCUUCCCGUUGCCUCAGCUUGUAUUGCAUCAGGCGGCGCAUGCUGAACCUCUGGACACUCUGGUCUGGGAUCUACGCCCCAUUCAGCAGCCUGUGCGCACUGAGGCGCUGUCUAAGGGCCAGGACCUAGUGACAGCCUUCCAGCAGGUGGUGCAGCCACUGCCUCAGGCACCUGCUUUACUUGAGGGGUGGCGUAACGGGCAUGUGGUUUUAGUUGACGCGCUGGGGUUGUUGGAAGACGUGCUCCCACUCGAUUUUGAAGAGACGCAGCAUGUGCGGGCUGAAGUCGCCCUCUUUCAGGGAUUGGCCCAAGCCGCCUUUGCUUCAGACACCUGGCAGCCUCCGCCGGGCAGUGUCACUUCUACUUCCACCACCACGGCCAUGCUUGUCAACUACCCCCACUACCCAUCGCGACCUCCAAGACAUUCUGUAGCGGAAAUCCACUCCCUAGAAGUGAAGAUUGUUCGCGGCAGGCACUGUGAACAGGCAGUUAUUCAACUGCCCUGCCUCCAGAUCGAUGGCGCCAUUAGCUGGCUGUUGCGCAGGGUCGAGACUGCUACCGGCCCAUUGCAGCCCACGGCUAGACUCAUGCUCGCUAAGGCACAGCCCAGCUCCACCACGCCUGCUCACGAGACUGUGUUCGUGGUGCUAGAAGACACCAGCAGCGUCUGGUCUGUUUUCGACACCAGACACUUGGCCAGUGCAGGCUCGCUAGUUGUUGUGCGUAGUGUUCAGGGCCUAUCUUGCCACGCGGCUAUGGAGCCGGCGUGCUACCAGCAGGGGUGGACUCUUUUUGUCAAUGGCGCGCCCAUCCACCUUUGCCAGCGUGGUAUCGAUGAUGGUGAUUUUGUCCAGAUUACGUUGCAAGGGGGCUUCCCACUCUCUGUUCCAACAUCUGUGAUUCUGGAAGCCUGUCCCCUGCUCGAAGCCUACACGUGGGGGCUACCUACCCCCAUUGUCCGCAAUGCUCGGCAGCGUAGGGCCAGUCUGGGUUUUUAUAGGCACGCCGAAGGACGCUGCAUGGUUCUGGGGCCUUGUCAUGCGCCUGCCGCUUUUAGAACGCGUCACCAGUACAUCCCGGACCAUACUGAGAUGCGAGAAGCGGUCAACGAACUCCAUGACUUCCCGGGUAGGUUGUGCUCUAUCUCUUAUGCAGAGGCACAGUUCAGGCAUGAAAGGUGCACUUCAGUGUUUGCUUCUUCAGCCCGACAUUCUGCCCUUGCCACUUUGUUGCUUCCUGCAUACGGCUGGCCUGGACAUUAUGUUAUUUUGCUGGCCCCUCAGAAUGCACCGGGGCUUGGAGCAUUGCCGAUCGGCCACAACUUCCGUGUUAUCGCCGAAAGACGUUGGAGUCCUGGACGUGUGCUGCGGUUGUGCCUGGAUGAGCCCCCACCUCCGCCUCCUGUGGCACCCCCUGUUGCACCUCAAGCUGCCCAGCCUGCUGCUGCCCAACAGCCUCCACAACAGCCGGCAAUCCGCCCCGACCCUGAGGUUGACGAUGAAGACAUGGCGCCUAGAGCUGAGACCGAAGCGACGUCCAGCAUGAGUCUCCUCCAGACCACUGUGCGUCGCAGCCAGCGUUGCCCUAGCCCUGACCUACAUAGAGGUGGCUCUGCACUGGCCGCUUCUGCACGAGAGCCACCAUGUGGUACCAACCGACGGCAAGGUCUGCCGACGCCGUUUGGCCGCCGGAACAUACCGCGCAGGGAACCUACUAAGGUACAGGACGCACCUGGCCAUUUGUCCGCCAAAUGCGAUGAUAGGGUAGCGCGUGACGGCAGCGCACUUGUGCUGGACACAGCAAUCCCUGCUCCUGCCCGUGAAGCCAGCCUCCUGUUUGCUGUACCCGCGGAUGUCAUGGAACCUACGCUCGAUUCCUUUGACCUUGCGCAUUGUCAGCGUAGGUUGCCAGCCUCAGAGCUCCUGCACCCAGCUGCGCGUCAACUUGUUUAUGGGCUCCCGGUCUGGUCGAGAAGCACACCCGAAGCAAUUAUGUUGUUUCUGGAUGGGGCGUUUGAGGGAGGACAUUGUACGUGGGCAGUGGCUGCUGUCGUUCAAGUUCAGGGUACUUGGUUCUGGGCGGGCUACUUCUGCGGCUUUGUUGCGGAUUGCUUGAGCCCAGGAUCUGCCUUUGAAGGCGAACUAUAUGCACAGUUUGUAGCGCGCGGUGUUGUGGCACGACACUCUGUGCCAAGUGCUAUCUUUUACGACAACACUUCUGCAGCCAGUGUCGCAGCCGCUACUGCCGCCACAACUGCGCGCACGCGCCUCGGCAGCGCUACGGCGGCGUUGCAAUUCCUGUCCCUCUACCGCAAUGUUCCAGUUGCUUGCCAGCAUGUCAAAUCCCAUCAAGGACACGCUGGCAACGAAGCUGCCGAUAGCUUGGCUAAGGCAUUGCUAAGAGCACAACUAGAGCCCUGUGCCCCUGCUGAUGAGAAUCUUGAUGCCUGCAUCCUUGCCGGUGACUUUGACUGGCUAUGGAUCCAUGCAGCCAGUACUGCCAGCAGUUGUUGGCCACAGAUUGAUCCGGAUGGGGCCAGUAAGCCUAUUUGCCCUGCCGCACAAGGCCCGGCGUUGCUCACUCCGGCAACCUGGCAGUUUGAGACGCCUGCUGCAGCCCCUCCAACCAAACCUCGCAAACUCCUCUUCCGAUGCAUGACGUACAAUACUUUGUCAUGCACCAGCGCGCUUCAGCGCCGCUGCCUUGCUGAAUUCAUGCGAGCAAAGAAGGUCAGCGUCGUUGGCCUGCAGGAAUGCAGACAGAACUUGCAAGGACCCCAAGUUGUCGAUGGCAUGUUGAGGAUUGCAUCACCUGCACCUGAGGGCAGACAGGGUUGCCAGCUGUGGUUUGAUUUACGGGCCUUGCCUUACCGCCCACAAGACUUCCGUGUGCUCUUCAGCAAUCCACGGAUGUUGGUUGUGCUGUUGCACCAAGAUGGUUUCAAGGCUACUUUUGUUGCAGGGCAUGCCCCGGACUCGGCACAAGACGCGCAGACCCGCGCAUCCUGGUGGGAACUACUCGAUGCUCGCCUUGAUGCGAUUCCGGCUCAUUCUGAAGUCGUUUUGCUGGUUGAUGCCAAUGCGCGGCACACACCCGGUGAGUCACCUGACAAUCCCAAUGCCACAGAGUUUCAGCAGAUUUGUAGCAAGCAUUGCCUGUGCCGGACUGCGUCUCACGACCGUUCAGGGGGGACCUACCGUACAUGGCGUUCGCCGCAAGGAGUCUGGGCAUGUCUGGAUUACAUUGCUAUCCCUCAAGCGUGGCAGCAUACCUUCGAUGAAAUGGGGGUCCAUGACAUCUUGGAUACCCACGCAGGUAUAGACCACCAGCCAGUGCUCGCAGAGUUUACGGUUCAACUUCACAGCCCACGGCCCAUCAGACGCCGUCUCGAUGUUGAUCGCCUGAAGGGCCCUGAGGGUCGCGACAUUGUGCAGCAUUGUUUCCUUACGAUGCCGGAUUGCCCCUGGCACCUUUCCCCUGAUGAGCACCUGCAGGUCAUCAACCGGCACAUCCAGGCAUGCCUUCAACAGCAUUUCACACGCUCUGGGCCGGUUGGGCGCAAGCCUGGCAUAUCCAACCAGACCCUGGAACUGCUCGCAACGAAACGCGGGCUACGCCGUAUCCAUCACAGGCGGUCCCGGCAGCAAUGCAAGGAUGUGCUGUACACCUGUUUCCGAGCCUGGCGAAACCAGCACCUCAGCGGUACCAGCCCCACCUCCACAUGGGGAUAUGCGCCGCAGGCCUGGGACCGCCUUUGUGCACGCCACAUUGCAGACAUGCAAAGAGUGUCCAAGGAGAUCCGAGCUUCCUCCAGUCGGGAUGAAGCGGCCUUUUCCCGAGCCAUGUUCCAAGAGGCACGAGGCAAAGGGCCUGCCCACCUCGCGAGUCUCUUACGCUCCGUUUUGAAGGUCGGCAGGCGCUAUAAGGCUCCGAGGACUGCUAGUGCCAUCGUCGACCAGGGCCAUGAGGUGACAGACCCUGAGCAGAUCAAGCAGCUCUUCGGCCAACACUUUGGGGAGAUUGAGGGAGCUAAGCCAGGUAGGCUGAGUGACAUGAUUCAAGAACCCUGCGAAAAUCUACUAUGUGACAAGAGAGAUAUCCAGGGCCUUCCUACGUUGCCGGCCUUGUCCGCCGCGUUUGCAUCUCUGCAGCCCAGGCGGGCCACAGGAAUUACCGGUAUUCCGGCUGAGUUCUAUGCUGCCUGUCCGGCUUUUGCUGCUAUGCACCACUUGCCGUUGGUGUUGAAGGUGGCAGCACGUCAGCAAGCCCCGACGCUAUGGAGAGGUUUGCUCGCUGUCCCCUUGCCAAAACCGGGGAAACCUGGACACCUUCUUACAGGGUACAGAUCCAUAGCUCUGAUGGAACCCUCCAUCAAAGCAGUUGCUAAGGCUGCCCGUCCCGAGCUCAUUCGCGCCUUUGAAGGUGUCACGCUCAGCACAGUUGGGGGUGCCCGAAGCCGGGUACCGACUGACCUACCCGCGGCAGCCGUGCAGCUACAUCUUGAGCGACUGAGGCGAGAUUCCCUUUCGGGAUCCGUCGUCUUUGUUGACGGCGUAACUGCUUUCUACUCCACGACGAGAGAAAUCCUCUUUGAGCAAGGUCUGCCCGCCUACAGAAAGCGUGUGUCUGAGAUGCAAGUUGAGCCUGGGGUGCGACAUAGGUUUCUCCAGCACCUUGACUGCAAGGGCGCCCUUUCUGGCGCUGGGGUGCCGAGUGCUUUGUGUGAUGUUUUGCGGUGUUUGCUACACAAGACGUGGUUCACCACGGAUACAGGCAGUGAGGCCAUUCAGUGUACCACCCAGGGCACGACACCGGGAGCACCACUUGCAGACCUGCUCUUCCAAUACGCUCUUCACAGCGUUCUGACUGCCCUCACGGAACAUCUCGCUGACGAACAGCUCUCUGCCCAGUUGACUGUCGCUGGACACGAUCCUGCUUUGUCAGAUCCUGUGUCGUGGCUGGAUGACGUUGCUGUUCUGCUGCAAUCCCAAACUGCCAGACAUGCAGCGGGUGAUGCUGCCCGUGCUACGGCCCUCAUCCACCAAUACCUCAGUCUCAUUGGCAUCGGCCUCAACCUCACUCGAGGCAAGACUGAGGCCAUUGUUGCUUGGCAUGGCGUUGGUGCGCACGAAGCACAAACUCAGGUCAUGCAGAGGGAGGCAGGCAGCGUAACCUUACAUAUACCGGGACACACUGGCUUGGUUUUACGAUGUGUCUCGCAGUACGAGCAUUUGGGCAGCUUGCGUACUGCUGGUGGCGACAUCGGCCCUGCAGUCGAGCACAGACACCGAGAGGCGCGUAGCGUCUACCGAGCCGUUAAGACCAGGCUACUCCCUAAUCCCAAUCUGACGAUGCACGAGCGGCAAGCGAUUGUUCAUGCACUCAUCAUGAGCCGCUUCCUACACGGCGCGGGAACCUGGCUUUUCGGUACCAAUGAAGCUUGGGACGGUUUUGUCGCUCGCUACUGCGGCUUGCUCAAGGGAACCAUCAGGCCGCUUCAUGGGUGUUCUAGCGGCCGUCUCUCCCAAGCUGAAGUGUGCGCGCUGACCACUGCCCUUCUGCCUGAAGAGGUUUUGGCUGUCGCUCGCGUCCGUUUGCUCGCUUGUGUGGCUCACAAUGCAGGUCUUUUCGCAAAAAGGCAGUUUUCACAGCAUGCCACCUGGAUGCUGCAAUUGCGAGCCGACCUUGCCCUUGUCGCUUCACGCAUCAACGAUCCCGUGCUUGCCAGCUACUCAUGCAGCGAUAUGCCACCAGAACUCUGGCUGGAUUCAUGGCCAUUCUCCCAGGCCCAUGCCAAAAACCUGCUGGCCCGUUUCCGGCGAGGUUGUAUUGCGAGCAGGGAGCACUUGGUUGAACCUGCCAUCGCCAAGGCACAUGCGCAUGAGAGAGUCACGAAGGCCGAUCUCACGUUCAUUCGUGACGUUAGGUGCUCUGCCCGUGAGCUCCGCUACCAGUGCCCGGAUUGCCCUGCUCUGUUUGUGACGAGAGCAGCUGCUGCAGCGCAUCGUUCAAAAGUUCAUGGCCACUUGUCAGCGUCCGCGCAGGCAUUUGGCACAGCCUGUGAAGUAUGCCGGCGUCAAUAUUGGAGUACAGCGAGACUCGCUGAGCAUUUCCGAAAGGCUCCACAUUGCGCGGCUGUGUAUCGGGAAUCCGAUAUGGCUGGAACCGUCACGGAGGCCAUCGCUGACCGCCGCGUGCCGUGCGCACAGUUGGUUGGUCCCCAACCUUGGUGGGCUACGAUGGCUCACGAUCCCCUUGCAACGCUUAUUCCAUCUCCCGGCGCAAACGACCCGCUGCCCAGCCUCUUGGCACUCUCGCCAACAAGGCAGCUCCACUCUUUCUUUCAGCUCUUUGCGUGUUCGGUAGAGAUGCAUGGCCAUGACGGAGUCAUGGAAGCGAUCAAAGGGGUUGUACAGGGCACGGAACACUGGCGAUUGGCCGUUUCCGUAGCCGAUGUUUUGGACCGGGCUGACGAGAUGUUCAUCUUUCAGGAGGGCAGUCUCGCAGCCGCAUACCGGAACGGAGCUUUGCUCUUCGGACCGGCUGUGGCCUUACGCAGUGCUGUAGCACGCGAUUGGCCCUUUUUGUGA